GCCCUCAUCGUCGUCCUCGCCCAAGCCGAGCCCGUCCAGUUCUGCAAACAUGCCGACCCCGCCACUGACGUCAACUUCUGCGUUGCCAUGACGACGCACCGCAACGCCUCAACCCGCGCUCACGACCUCUACCUCACCUUCACCACGACGCGCCACAACGCCUCGGCCCGCGGCUGGACUGCCGUCGGCCCCGGCACCACCAUGGCCGACGCCCUCAUGUUUAUCGUUUACGGCGACCCGCUGGGCGACGCCGCGCCCAUCGUAAGCGUUCGUACGAGCCCCGAGGGCCAUCAUCAGCCCGAGCUGGUGCGACCACCUUCCCCGUCAUCCGCCGCCGACCUGCGCGUCGUGCGCGCCGACUGGCUGCCCGCCACGACCGGCUUCACGCCCGACAUGCCCGUCUACGACGCCGCCGUCGCCCUUGUCUGCUACGCGUGCGGCGCGUGGCCCGGCAUUGCCCUCGACGCGACGGCCGCCUCGCAGCCGUGGAUCUGGGCCUGGAACCCGGUGCAGCAUUUCGCCGUCUACACCUACGACGCGCACCUGCGCAUGCACGCCCACCACCAUGGCAACGGCGGCUGGGGCCGCUUCUACCUCGACGCCGCGCGCUCGCUCAGCCGCGCCCCGGGCCUGCCGUCGCUCCCGGUCGUGCGCGCGGGCGUCGACGCUGUCGGUGCCGCCGAGGCGCCCCUCGUGCUUCUUUCGUCCGAUUCGCUGCUUGCGGCGGCAACGAGCCCGCGCUUGCACGCCCACGCCCUGUUCAUGGGCGUUGCCUUCUGCCUCCUCUUCCCCCUCGGCACCGUCUUGAUCCGCUCGGGCGCCGCGGCGGCGUUCACGCGGCACUGGAUGGCGCAGGCGGCGGGCAGCGUGCUGGUGGCCCUCGGCCUCGUAGCGGGCCUUCUCCUGCGGCCCCGCGUCGACACGCUGCACCAGAGCGUGGGUAUAGCCGUGGUCGGCGUGCUGGCGGCCCAGGCCCUGCUGGGCUGGCUGCACCAUGUGCGCUUCGUGGCCCUGGGGCGACGGACGUGGGUGUCGGACGCGCACGUGUGGGUCGGGCGGGCCGUCGUGCCCGUGGCAUGUGCGAACCUGGUGCUCGGGCUGGCGCUGGCGGGGUGGCCGCGCGGGCAUAUCGUCGCGGCGGGGGUGCUGGUUGGGCUGCUGCUCUCGGGGCUGGGCGCGCUGGUGUGGUGGCUGAAGCGGAGGCAGCGU